AUGUCGACGUUGCAGCAAUUCAUCGACGACUUCCUCCAGGGUAACGGGGACGACGCCAUAAACGCGGCAUUGGGCCAUGAAUUUAUUCCGCCGCCCGAGCCGUCGCCCGGCCCUCUCAUGGACCCUCGCGCCGCCGCCGCCCUCUCCGCCCUCGCAGCUAAUGGCCUAUCGGACGAGCAAUCGACGCUGCAGGGUUUGCUUUCAUGCGUACCCGCGGAUCAACAGGGGAACCCGCUCGAUAUCUUGCUGAACCUCGCCAGCCUGUUCGAACGUGCCGGACUGAUGACACAGCCCCGGGCUGUCGCGCCGAGCGUGCCGAGCGUGCCGAGCGUCCCGGCGCUGCCACCGGCCGACGACGACGCCCGAGGCGCGAGCCCGGCGCGCUGCGCGCUGACGACGCUCCCGAAAGAAAUCCUCAGACACGUUCUAUCGUACCGCGACCUGCGGACGCGCUUCGGUUGUGCCUGCGCGAGCCGCCUCCUGCGCGACGCUGUUGGUCGCCUCUCGCUCGCUCCCGAGCACUGCUUGGUUCAGCGGGCCCAUCCGAUCCUCGCGACGGUCUGUGACUUGUCAGCCCUCGAUGCGAAGACGCUGGGCGGCCUCGUCAUGAGCCAGAAGGACAUCUUCAGCGCCGAGCCCGACCGCCUCGGCCAGGUGACGACACCCACGUGCGGCGAGCCACCUUUGUAUCCAUCGACAUUCUUGUUACGAGGGGAUGUGUUCUCCCUCGAGCUGACUGCUGAUGGUACUGACGCGCCACUAUUCCUCGCGACGGCCACGUUGGGAAUACAUUUUGCGAAUGAUGGGAAUGGGUUCCAGCUCCGUUUUCCCGGCACCGACUUGUCGACGAGCACAACGGUGCGACAGCUCUCCGCGGAGGGCACUGACAUCAGAGCUCGUAUCCUCGUUUCCCGUCGCACCGCUGGGGGAUUUCAGUGUGCCAAGCUGAUGGAUAUGGUCCUGAAUACUGUAAGUAGUGGGGCGACGCUACGAUUGUUCGCAACGUCCACGAUAGGAUACAACGAGGCAGUGCACGACCUCCACCACGCCCGUCUCAUUGAAGUUGGAUGCGCCCGUUUACGUCUGGAAUAUGAUACCAGAACCCCUCACGCCGGUCUCAAAGCCGAUGUAUGGUCAGGCCCUCGCCGAGGACACUAUACUGAUGGGCUUGAACGGUUGAUGUAUCGGGAGGAUAUACGCAGGCUGCUCGAUCGCUGGGUCCCCUGGUCCCGCCACAUCGACAUCGUCCCGCCGCCGCCCGGCGCGCUCGCCGUCCGCUGGUCGUCGUUCGAGCACAUGCGCACCUACGCGCGCAACGCGCGUGCCGCAUAA